UGUGUGGAGUUAACAAGUGCAUCUUCUUGUUUUCCCGAAGUGUUGUUGCUUCUUAGAUAUUUUUCCUUCUCAAAGUCGAAAGAAUUGGAAAACGAUUUUUGAUUUAGUGAGAUGGCAUCAGAAACUUCAGCAGUUGAAACAGGCAUUUCUAAAGAUUUCGCUGAAAAAUUAACUCUGGACACAGAUUCAACAUUCUACAUUCUCUCACGAUGCACAAAGGGUUAUUUAUAUGAAUUCAAUAUCAAUACAGAAUCGUUUAUCCAAAGUGCUAGUCGUCCUCCCUUAACCAGAUGUGCAAUAGCGAAGUACAAUAACCUGAUCUAUGUGGUAGCUGGUCAGCGAGAAGAGAAACCAAGUGACGCUGCUCUAAUCUACGAUAUAAACAAAAAAUCCUGGACUGAACACAAUAUCCCCAUUGGUAACUCGUUCCUUACAGUUUGCACCGUAGGCGACCAAAUGUACCUGUUUGGAGGCAUCGAUAGUAGUGAAACCCCACAGAAUACUUGCUUUCGUUACGAUUUCGAAACAGAUCGUUUAAUGAAACUUGCAGACAUGGAAAAAUAUAGAGGACAAUGUGCUGUCGCUUAUUACAAUUCCUCUAUAUAUGUGAUGGGAGGAUUUAGUUGUUGGUUUAACAAUGCCGUAGAGCGCUAUGAUCCCAGAGAAGGCAAAUGGUCAAGAGCAGGCGAAAUUAAUGGUGGAGGAGCAUGUUCUUCAGCUUUAGUAAAGGAUACUGUUCACGUCAUAAAUACCUACACUGGAAAAUAUUGUAGCUUCGAUCCACGAUCCUUACGUGGUGCUCCCGAAAAGUAUUUAGGAUUUGAAGGAAAGCAAUGGCUUGCCUCCAUGGAUAAUAAGCUAUAUUUACUUCAUUUUGGAGGAAUUAGUGUUUACGAUGAAGCCGAUGAUAAGUGGGCAAACGUUCUAAACUAUACAUUUUAUAAAUGUCCAGCUUUUAUAUGUUGAUUUUGAAUAUUUACUGAUUUUUUGUUAUGUUAUUCUGAAAUUCAGACCACAAUAAUUGUUUUUUUAUAAAAUUUAUAUUUAUGCCA